AUGUUUUCCACCCGUGGGUGGCAUGCUCUAGCGCUUGCGCUAGCAGCCUUGCCUCUCGUCCAAGCGGACAUCUGCUCGACCCUCGAAAAUGCCGGCAUCGAUGUCGAAUACCCGAUUUCCAUCAGCUACAAUACCGACUUGACUAAGUACUGGUCAGCAGCAUGUGGCGACCUGAAGCCGACAUGUAUUGCGGCACCCUCCAGCGCGGCCGAGAUGUCGCAGGUCAUCAAAGAACUUCACGACGUCGACACUCUCUUCGCAGUCAAGUCAGGCGGUCAUAUGCCAAACAAUGGAUUCGCAAGUAUCCAAGACGGACUUCUGGUUUCUACCAAGAACCUAGACCAAGUAUUCUACAAUCACGAGGAUCAAACAGCAGUUAUCGGUCCUGGUCUAUCCUGGGAGGAGGCCCAGAAGGGCCUGGAUGAUGCUGUUGGCGGACGUGCGGUGGUGGGUGGUAGACUUGGAGGUGUUGGGAUCGGAGGGUACAUGCUUGGAUGCGGAAUGAGCUUUUUGAGCACACAGUAUGGCUGGGCAGCCAACAAUGUGAAGGAUUUCGAGGUCGUGCUGGCCAAUGGUACUAUUGUCAAUGCCAACGAGAAGGAAAACACUGAUCUCUUCGCCUCGUUGAAGGGCGGCGGCAACAACUUCGGCGUUGUCACUGCGUACACCAUGCAAACACACCCCCAGGAGCACAAGGUUUGGGGUGGUAACUAUAUUUUCACGGCCGACAAGACCCCCAAGGUGCUCUCAGCUUUGCGCAACUUUGUCGACGAAUACCCCGAUGACAAGGCAGCUAUCAUUCUAACCUCGGAGCACGGUGCGCUGAUUGACUUCUGGAUCAUGUUCCUUUUCUAUGAUGGACCCGAGCCUCCUGCGGGCGUCUUUGACGAGUUUACCGCCAUUGAUCACACCUCGACCACCAAGACGUGGGACACAUACUACGAUCUGCUCAAGAACAACGACUUCUUCAUUCUUCACGGCCAACGCUACACCAUUGCCACAGAGACAACGCCGGUUCCCAACAAGACCGUCGGAUCUAGCGUGCUGCAGGAGUACUAUGACCACUGGUACAAUGUCACGGAAGACGUCCUGGGUGUUGCCGGUGUCCUGGGCUCCAUCGCUUUCCAACCCGUCCCCAAGACCUUCUCCCAGAAAGCCAAGGAUCGCGGCGGCGACCUGCUCAACGUCCCUACGGAUCAAAACUACAUUUUCAUCGAGCUCGACUUCUCCUACGCGCUCUCUGUCGACGAUGACAAGAUCGACCAAGCCAACCAGAAGCUCUACCAGGGUAUGGGCAACCUUGUCCAAAAGAACAUUGACAAGGGUCUCCUGCCUGACGUUUAUCGCCCGCUUUUCAUGAACGAUCUGUAUUUCCGCCAGGACUAUUGGGGCCGUAUUGACCCCGACUCGAAGAAGGAGGCCCUUGCCACGCGCCUGCGAUAUGACCCUGAUGGGUUCUUCCAGAAACGGACGAGUGGUGGGUGGAGACUGAAUUAG